AUGACAUACUCAAAGGAGCUUGAAAGCUAUCAUCAGCAGCUAGUGGACGCUGUUGCUGGCUACAAUGAAACUCUGAUAGAUGAUUUAGAGUGCCUUUUAGCAUGGAUGGAUCCUAAUGAUGACCACAAUAACCAUAGAAUGGAACCUCCUUCUCUCCGCAUCAAAAACAGUAUUAAAUUAUUAGAAUUUCAAGAAGGUAAAAAAACUGUACUAGUUCAAACACUACGACAGUGGAUUCUAUCUCAAGUGCGUUUUCAUUUCUUUCACUUCAUGGAAAAUCUGGAAGAGUAUAACGACAUGGUGAACUUGGAAAAGUACUACGAAUUCCCGUUAAAAUAUGUGAAUAUAUUUUCACAAAGUGAGCUUAACAGUGAAAUUGUCAGGCUUCGUAAGUACCUUUUAAACAGGAAUCCGAAGUUUCGUUCCAGUAUGGAGGAAAGGAUUCGUACUUUAAUAUUGUAUGAGGACGAUUUCGAGACGGCGUUUAUAUUAUACAAUUGGAUGGUUAAAGGGCUAGGGCAUCAUAUGGUUAAAUUUGUGAUAGAUUUAUUGACUGGCAAGGUGGAGUUAUUCUGUCAGGAUAAAAUGGAGGGGAAUGUUGAUCAGGGGAAUGUAAUAAGCAGAGUAUUUAAUAGUUUUGUUGAGAAAUGGUGGAGCCAAUUUAUUCAGCUUUUGCAAUUUCCUAACGAAAAUGAUCAAGAAUUAAGCAAUUUAGCUUACGGCUGUUUUGAAAAGAAGUUUAUAAAGAUCAAGUCAAAGGAGCUUUUUAAUGAGAUUAUUCCGAAGUUUCCCAUCUCCAAGCCCGCAUUAUUAGAAAUGAAAGAUGUUAUCAAAUGCGAUUCAUAUGAGUUGGAUCGGUUGGUAGCACAGAUAUGCAGGGGUUUCGAUACACAACUAUUAAUACCUAGUGUGACAACAAUUGAAAUCUUGUUGUACUAUGUGAAAGCCAUCAAAUGCUUAAUGGUAAUAGAUUCAACAGGAAGGUCUUUGAAUCGGUUCACGUUUAAAUUAAAGCCUAAGAUCAAGGAGCGCUCAGACUUGAUAAUUACCGUUCUCUGCGCUAUUCUGGAAUUGGAUAGUGACGAGAUUAUAGAGGUCAUUUCCAAAAAUACGCUAACAGAAAACCCAGUUCUAUUAGGUCAGCUUUCCAGAGAAUUGAAGGAUAGCAUUGCAUUGAAUUUCCACUCAGUCAGCAGCAUUAAGACCAAAACUGCUGUUUACUCUGUUGCUCAUGAAAGGCAGGAUCCGGUUGUAAAGCAAUUUUUAGAGUGGACUCCAGAACCAGGUCUGUUUAAGGAAGAUGUAAACAAAGCCGGCAAUAUAAACGACGAUGAUACUGCUGAACUUCUGGAGCUACCGAAAGAUGUCUUGGAAGUCGUAUUCCAAGUGUUCGAUUCACCAGAAGUUCUAGUAAAUGAGUUCAUUAAAUUAAUUACUAAUCACAUGUUACAGAUGGAUGGUUAUGUCUUGAGUGCAAAGUGGUCACAACUGUUAAAAACUUUGAUGAACAAGUACUUCCGUAACAAUAAGCAAGUCUUAAAAUCCAUAUGUGAAGAAUCUAACCUUGUUAAUGUUUUUGUCAUGUGGAGUGAUCUAGAAAAGAGUACAUCUUUUCAAAACUGGAGUAGUAAGUUACAGUUAGUACCUUCCAACGUUUACCCUAAAAUAAUUUCCUACCUAUAUUGGAAGAUUAGUCGCAAAAGUCAAUUUGGUGACUAUAAAUUACCUCCGUCACUAUCAACAACCUUCCUUCAAAUGGAGAAAGCCUUUGAAAUGAAAUCUCCAGGAAGAAAGCUAAGGUUUCAGAAAGACCAAGGGACAGUUGACCUUCUUCUUACUUUUGAAGAUGGUCGCCAGUGGGCUAAUAAGGUAUCCAUCCCGAAAUAUACUGUUUUGGAAUUAUUUCAACGAACAAGAUCGGGGUUGUCAAUAGCUAAUAUUGUGCAGGCGAUAAGCAUGUCGCAGAGGCAUGUUGAAGAGAUCCUACAGUAUUGGUGCCAAGAGCAUGUAUUAUUUCAACGCGAUAAAGGAAGCUACGCGAUUCUUGAAAACGAAAGUAGGGAGAUGAUACCUUCCCUACAUUAG